CGCGCCCUCAACCUCCACAACCCCCAAGUGCCGUCAGGAGUAUCCUCCCUUGACUAAGCAAAUCACGGGACUGGUCUUGGCAACCUCGGCUGACCGUCGCCCGACGCCGACAUGGAUGUGGGGCAUCGCCCUUCUCAUGUCCCUGCGUGCUUCCCCCGCACACUGGAGAAGAGCGGAACAAGCCAGGAGCAUGGAGAAGGCAUCCCGCUCCCUCCUCCGCUGACACCAUGCCUGCCCCACCUGAGCAGAGCUUCUCGCUCCUUAUAAGGAGAAAUAGAUGAAAAACACUGAUCUCAUAUCGCUGACCAUUGACUGCAACCCUAGCGACACCAACAGAAAUAGCCAUGCCAAAGAUCAAUCACGUCGUUAUCGUGGGCGCUGGCCCUUCCGGCCUUCUGCUGGGUAUCAUGCUCGCUCGCCAAAAGAUCAAAGUCACCAUCCUCGAUGCUGACACCAAAAUCAACGGCAACCCCCGCGCUGCCCACUACGCCCCGUCCGCCGUUUAUGACUUCCACCGCGCGGGCAUAAUAGACGAUGUGCGCAAGCAAGGCUUCUCGCCUAGAGGUGUUUGCUGGCGGCUGCAGGAUGGCACCUUCCUAGCCGGCAUGGGCCGCGAACCCGAGCAGUCGCAGUACGCCAUGGUCGUGCUUCCCCUAGAUCGCCUGGGUCCUUUGCUCGUCCGGCAUUUCGAGAGCUACGAGGGCACACAGAUCCUCUGGGCUCACAAGGUGGUGGACGUCGAGCAGGACGAGAAAGAGGCGAGAGUCAUCGUGGAGACGGCUGACGGAACCAAGAAGUUUGGUGGAGACUACGUCGUGGGUGCUGACGGAGCUACAAGUGGCGUCCGCAGAGCGCUCUUCGGCAAAGAAUAUCCAGGAGAGACGCUCAAGCAGCAGAUCGUGGCUACAAAUGUCUACCUCCCAUUCGAUGAGAAGUUCGGCUGGUGGGACUCCAACUUCAUUGUUCACCCCACAGAUUGGUACAUGGCCGCCAAAAUUACAACCGAUGGCCUUUGGCGGGUGACUUACGGUGACGACGGAAACCUCUCAAGAGAAGAGAUCAUCGAACGUCAGCCGAUGCGAUACGAGCAGAUUCUACCAGGCAAUCCCAAACCUGGCGAGUAUAAGCUGGCCUCAAUGAGUCCCUACAAGCUGCAACAGAGAUGUGCUCCGAGUUUCAGAGUCGGCAAGAUUGUGCUCGUCGCAGAUGCAGCGCAUUUGUGCAAUCCAUUCGGCGGACUUGGCCUCACUGGAGGAUUUGCAGAUGUCGGUUCUCUCUAUGACUGCUUCAUUGGCAUCCACGAGGACCAACUCGACGAGGACAUCCUCGAUAAAUACAGCGAGAUCCGCAUUAAGAUUUGGCGUGAAAUGAUUGACCCAAUGUCGCGCGCAAACUUCCAUAGGUUGUGGGACCCCAACUGCAAAAAAGAGCAAGAAGAGUUCUUCCAGAUGUGCCAGAAGGCGAGCGAUGAUCCAGUGUGGGGGAAGUCGGUUGCGGAAGCCGUCCAUGCUGUGAGGCACGACUUCACGCAAUAUUACAAGAACAAGCCCGUCCCAUUGAACGGCGCCCAGGCGUAAACCGUAAGAGUUUCCUUCUCUUCUAAGUCUCCACUGUUGACAUACCAAUUGUACGAUUUGGAUCUCAACCUUAGCCAAGUUGCCUUAAACCAUGCUCCGCUGGCAUUCUACGUCUCGUUCCGCUUUCAAUUUGACUGGUGGGCGCUUCCAUUCGAACCGGUUGUG